GCUCCCUCCUCGCAGGGUUUCAGUCACUCGGACGAAGGCGGAGCGAGAGCACCGCCCCUCGAGUCCCUCUAACUGGCAUCGUGUGUGAAGUUUUUCCAACCAGUAACUGGCCGUAUCAUGAUGUGAGUGCGCUUUGACAGACGGAAUAUCUAUUCUGAGAAGUCCUAUAGACGAGAAACAGAACAGAGAAAGGCACACAAAGAAGACGAAGAGGAAGAGGACGCUCAGACAAUAAAGAUGGCAGGAGCAAAUAAGAGAACCACGGUCUGUCUGACGACUGUGGCCGUUGUGUUCAUCGUCGUGAUCAUCAUCUUGUGCGUUAUACCGAGGCCCUGCAGGAAGGGCGAGGCCUGCUAUGACGAGGGACAAUCGAAGAAUGCCGUUAUCUCCGGCGUCAUCACUGACACUAGCACCACCCAGACCUCAACCACUAGUACUGAAACCACGACAACUGAAACCACGUCAACUGAAACAAUUGUAGUUACUACGCCUGCGACCGUCAGCGAGACCACAUCUUCGACUACUUAUUCUUCCACUUCAACUUCUGUGUCCACGACAUCCUCUUCUGAAGCCAUGCCACCUGUGACCGAACCAUCGGUCACGGAAACCACUACCGAGACGUCGGACCUCGCUGAAACGACGCCUGUGACAAAGGCAGAUGAGAAUACAACCGAGGUUGUGACAGUAACAGAGACAACUGAGGCAAUAACGGACACAACAGCGGAGACAACGGAGGCUGAAACAACAAUGACAACUACUGAAGAGAUUCCAACAACCACAGAGGAAUAUACUUUCACCUACAUGGAAGGGAGGGACUGUAACACUACAGCUUGCAGACGUCUAGCGGCGCGCAUGCUCGACAUGAUGGACAAUGGGGAUAUCAGCCCCUGUACGGACUUCUACCAGUACUCGUGCGGCGGUGUGGUGGACAAUGGCUUCCUCAAACCCGAGAAUCCUCAGUAUUAUGUCGACAGAAUUAUCAGAGGAGAGCUUGCGUCAGUGCUUCCGGAUGACCCGGACUUAGGUGCUGCGAAGGUCUUCUUUGACGGCUGUCUGCGGACGAGCAACCAGGGCGUGUUAGAGCGACUGAGCGAUAGAUGAAGUGUUCUCGGCCCU